AAUUAUUCUAAAACGCGUCAAAUUUGCAAUAAUCUGCCGUAUGGUUCACCUUGGUGUAUAUCACUUUUAGAUUGCCGGAAUCCCGGAAGGAAUCCAAGAAAAUGUGUGUUUUAACAUAUUUAAAUGGUAUUAAAGUUUAGACCAUUGUAUUUUCGAGUCAAUUCGUUUCAGAAGCCUGCGAGGUGAGGCUUACAGGUCGCGAGUUGGUGAUUGAAGACGGGCGUGCUGUUUUAUUGUUAGAUGGUCGUGAAUUUUUCUAGUUGGACUGACGCUUCUCUUUAGUCGUGUACAUUUGCUGUUAACAUAAUGGCUGUAACUUAUAAUCCAUUUAGCAUAAUCAACAACUACAUGAACAAAUACCAAGAUUCACGUACAGCGAAUUGGUUGUUUAUGUCAAGUCCCUUUUACACAUUAGGAAUAUGUUUAUCUUAUGUUUACAUAGUAAAGGUCCUUGGUCCAAAACUCAUGGAGAACAGGAAGCCUUUCCAGUUAAGAAGAGUUUUGAUCGCUUAUAACUUCCUACAAGUCUUGUUCAGUUUAUACCUGUUUCUAGGGAUCGGUUUCAAUGGAUGGUUCACUGGAGAGUACAGCUGGAAAUGUCAACCGGUGGACUACAGCCUGAAACCCAGUACCGUAAGGAUGGUGCAUCUUUCUUGGUGGUAUUAUUUCUCCAAAUUCACGGAAUUCUUUGACACCUUUUUCUUCGUGAUGAGGAAGAAGUAUGAUCAAGUCAGUACACUUCACGUGAUUCAUCAUGGUGUUAUGCCAAUGUCUGUUUGGUUUGGAGUCAAGUUUACACCAGGUGGCCAUAGUACAUUCUUUGGUCUUUUGAACACUUUUGUCCAUAUAAUUAUGUACUUCUACUAUAUGCUGAGCGCUAUGGGACCUCAUAUGCAGAAGUACUUAUGGUGGAAGAAAUAUCUCACUACCCUUCAAAUGGCCCAAUUUGUUGGAAUAAUGGUACAUGCCUUCCAGCUUCUGUUCAUCGACUGCAAUUACCCACGAGCUUUCGUUUGGUGGAUCGGAAUGCACGCUGUUAUGUUCUUCUUCCUUUUCAAGGAAUUCUACAACAAGGCUUACCAGAGGAAACCAAGGGCUAAAAUAGAAUCGUCCGACAAAAGCGAAAAGCCCAAAGAAAACGGUCACGUGGAAGAAAUGAAACCAGGGAAAACCGUCAGCGAAUACUACGUUAAUGGUACUGCUGACGUACAUCACAGGAUGAAGUCUCAUUGAGAGUUUGUUAGUAAAUUGUUAUUUAUUUAAAAGUAUAUGGACUCCUCAUACGUAGUUGAAAUGAACAUGAGUCAAGUACAUUGAAUUUGCUCAAUUAAUAUAAAAAGGUUCAGGCAUUCUAUAGGUUUUUCACAGCUGACUGCUGGACAUGUCUCAUUCGUAUACGUAGAAAUACCGAAAAGACAAUUUUUCUCAUCACACAUCCAAGCAAAUAGAUACAUGAAUAUUUAAGUUCUUGACGAUCUUGAAAUUAAUGAACGAAACAUCACAGUUGCUCAGUCAAACGCUGAUUCUCUCUCUACGAGUUUUCCAUCUAGACAAUUUUUCAUGAAUAAAAAGAAUUAGAUUGUGAUAAAACAUGUCUCUGUAUUGAAACAGAAGUAGGAACUGCCAUACGUUCAAAUCUAUUGUAGGUAAUUUGAAAUUUUGUGACCAAAUCUUCCAUUCGAAUCAUAGUUGAUUAUUUAUUCUGUAUCAUUCCAUAAAAUUAUUCUCAUUGGACGUAUUUUAUCAAUUGGAGUGGAUUUUUUUUCACACGGGUGCUAAUAACUGUUUGAAUUUUCCUAUUUUUAUUGUUUGAUUAAUUGAAGGCUUAGAUUCGCAAUUUUACUUAAUGUUGAAUACGAGAAUAGAGUAGUUAAUAUUAUUUGUUGUAAAUAUUUUUAUACAUAUUGUGAAAAUAAAUUUAAUGAUGAUUAUAGA